AUGGAAUCGGUUCGAAAAGCCCAUCAACGAAUGCGCAACUAUCCAAUUCUAUUGGCGAAAUGUGCUGAAAGUGCUACCGUCUAUGCAGAUUGUGUUGCAAGGGAUUUAAAUAUCAAACAUCACACUUGCGAUAAGGAAUUUCAACUCUUUAAAAACUGCCUUCAAAAAGCAGCCAAAGAUAUGAAAACUAGAAUAUAAAAAAAAACAAAA